ACCGACGUUGUGGAUUCAUCAUCCAUGACCUCACAAGCUGCCUGGAUAUAUAAGCUGGGGCACACUGCUCUCCAGAAAUCAAAUUCAGACCUCAAGAAGUUGACCUAAGUUUGUCAGCAAAGAUCUUGGUAAGUAUUUUUUUAUUAUAAACAUUUGUAAGAAUAUACUUAUCUUUUGAUACUUAAACUCCUUAAAAUGGAUUUGCUUUGGUUCACAUUUUUAACCAAGACAUUUGCACAAUCUUAAAGGGACGAUUUCUAACCAACUACAGGUACCUGUCUUCUCUAGUGCCAUUAGUUGUGGAGUUGAAAUGUAAAUAAAACUGCAAUUUAUAGGACUACUUGUAUUCUUUCAGGUUUCUAAUUUACAUCUACUUAAACAAAUCUAAUUUGAUGAUGGGUAAAUUGCAGUGCUUUUUUUUUGCAUGCCCUUAAGUAGAGCCUAAGUAAUCAGCAGCCCCCCUUCCAUCCUCCUCAGUGCCUUGACCGACCUCCCCAACCCAAGCAUGCUGCCCGGGAGAGAAGCUGCUGUCCGGCAGUGCGUGCUGACGAGCCGCUGGCUGCCUGCAGCUCUGGUGCUGCUCCUGCUUCUCUCCUCCAGCUUCAGCCGCGCUCACAGCACCACGGUGGAGCACGACUUUCACAUCGUUCACAAUGUAGAUAACAGAAGUCCAGAGAUAGACCCGUUCUGGUACGUGGGCCGUGGAGUGCGACCCAUAGGGCGUUUCGGGAAGAGACACAGCAGCGUGGAUGCUCUUGGAAACAGCGGGAUGCAGCCUGUCCUUAGGACAUUGGAGCUGCUGCUCAACAGCCUCAGAAACAAAGAAAACCUUGGAAAAGUAAUCAGUGGAGAGGAAAACGAUUGGUUACCAUGAUGAAAAGUUCUCACCUUCUGUCCACAAACUUUUUUUAUUAUCUGAAAUGAAGUUGUACAUUCGUUUUAUUUUGAUAUAAGCUAUAAGCUUAGUCACAUCUGUGUAACUCAUUCUCUCAAGAGUAUCUGUACAUAAGACAAUGCAAUGUAUAUUGAUUAAUAAAUAAGGAUGUGUUGUUAGAAUAUCAGCUGAUCUUGUUUUGUUAUGUUUGCAAGAACAAAACAAAAAGUAUGCUUCAAACAGAAGUUAUUUUUAAGUUUGCAAAUUUUAUUUCGUAAUACAUUUCAUUUCUGAGAGUAUUGUGGCACAUAGAGAAUCUUUAGUUUUUGCAUUUUAAUAUUUUCCCUAUCAUGUCGUAUGGAUUGCAACAGACAGUUACACAGAAAAGGUGAAUGGCCCACCUUAGGAGCUGUGCACAGUGAAAACAUCUUCUUUGUUGCUCAGGCUGGAUUUAAACAGGGAGAAAAGUAUUAUC